AUGUCCCCGAUCGGGGAGCAGCGCCGACACAUAAAUCCCACCAUCCUCCCCGUUCCCGCUCCCCCGCAACAUGACAGUAGUGCCGUCUGGUCCUGCCACGAGUUCUCCCCAACAUCGGCACCUUUCAUGGCAAGCCAAGAUCUUGCAGCUCACCAAGGCGCCGGUUCUAAUGUUUCCGUCGUCCGAUCUCGUGGGGCUAGCGCCUGCGAGAAUUGCCGCUCCCGAAAGACCAAGUGCGAUAACCGGCGCCCCAGUUGCGGAUUUUGUUUGAAGCGUCGUGUCCCUUGUGUAUACCAGGAUGACAACAAUGCCGGAUUGAUAACAGGCGCGGACAUCCUCCAAGCGGUCAACCGGGUGGCGAACCUGAUUGAGGCUCAACAGAGAGACCAACGGCGGCAGCAGCAGCUGCUGCUGCAGGGGAUGCCAUGUGCAUCUUGUGGGUCUCGCUCGACGCCUGCUUGGGGUCCGACUUCACAAUCCUGGUCUCCGUCAGCUUGCAGCCAACCAGACAAUGCUAAUAAUCUAGGGCCAGGCCACCCGUGGCCACGCGAGACCGUUCGACCUCAAGGGGUCGAAUCGGUCCUCGGCUGGCAAAUAUUGGCCUUGAAUCUUCCACCGUCUCGGUGUCUCUUUGCACAGCCGGUGGCCGAGGCCGAUCAGCCGUCCUCGCUGCCUGAUAUGAGCUAUUCCCAGCUCUCGCGUCUGGAGUCGAAGUACAUUGAAGUUCUUCAUACAAAGAAUCCGAUUCUAGAUCUGAAUGAACUACAUCGCAUGGUGCUUCACGUCGCGGAGAAUGGGCCGGAUUGGUCCACACGAACCUGCUUGGUAGCCCUGGUCUGCGCCAUUGCCGUCCUUUCUGAGGCUUAUCCAGGGACUAUCACGAGAUCUGCGGCGCAGCCAACGCCUUCACUGGAUCCGGACGAUGAGAGCGGCGCCGACGUCAAGUUGUCGCUGCAGUUUUGGAACAUUGCUCUGAAACGUCUUGGCUACGCAAUGCGUGAGAACAGUGUUGAGGCUGUUCAAACCCUGGUGCUAGCAGGAAUCUGGUACAUGCAUCGAAUGGAACCCCUGGAAGCCUGGAAACACUUCAACCUCGCCGGCGCAGCCUGGAACACCCUGAGGUUAACUCGAUUCCCAGUGGUUGAUCUGAUAGACAACACCGAUACGACGCCCAACGAGCUCACUAUAUUACAAGCGCUCUACUUCACUAUCUGGAAGUCGGAUUGCGAACUGCGACUGGAGUUGCCGGUGCCAGGCCCCCCUCUCAUCAACAGCACGGAAUUCCCGUUGGCGUUUCCCCAGCCGCCCAGGCUUGGUUCGCAACCGUCGACGCCCGAUGCGUCAGAGAGUGAGAGAAGUUGGUAUUAUUAUCUCACAGAGAUUGCAGCGCGACAUCUGCUCAACCGUUUGGUGCAAAUGAACUCGGAGUGUGCCGACACGCCGACGGAGAGGCAGGUGACCCGUCUGGUCAGCCAUGCGGAGAUGAUGCAGGCUCAAAUAUCCGACUGGUAUACUUCGUUACCAUCCAUCUUUCAUUUUGCCAUCCCGGAUGGCUAUGAUGCUGAUUUCCCAUCUGAUCCUAUGAUAUUUGUUCUUCGGCAUCGGUAUUUUACCCUCCGGGAGCUCGUUGCGAGACCUUUUGUCCGGCUCUUGGUUGAUGGGCUACUUGACGGAAUGGAUCCUUUGAUUCGUGUCCGAGCGCGGUCAUUCGCGUCAGAGUGCAUGCAAUUCUGUAUGCUCAAACUGUCCCAAACCGUGGCAUACCGUCAUCAAGGAAACUGGUAUCUGCUGCGAUCCAUGACGACUUCGUCAUUGAUCCUGGCCGCCGUUCACCUGGCACAAUGCCGACUACGGGAGGGCGAAGCUGCCGGCGCCACCCCACCAUCAGAGAACCUGAUGCCGCCAGAAGCGUGGAUAUCGCGAGUCAGGGAUGCUGUGGAGUCAGCCCAGCCAUUUUUCGAGGAAACGAGCGGUGGCGCUUCGAAUAUGAAGCAGAUGAUCUUGGCCGCAUUAGGAGCUGCUCAACAACGUUCGGCGUGGUGCGGUUAG